AUGCGGUGUCCCCGCGUAUCGCCGUGGGCGCUGCUGUGGCUGCUGGUGGCCGUGGCCGGGAGUCGCCCCGUGCGGCUCGAGCGGGUCCGGGCGGACGCGCGGGCCCUGACCCGGACCCUGAGCACGCGCCUGCAGCAGCUCCAGCUAUUCCCGCUGACCCUGCGGGUCACCGGCCUGGAGGGGGUCCCGGAGGGGGGACUCCCGGACGGGGGGGUACCUCCGGGGCUGGCGUGGGCGGCCCAGCGGCUCCAGCUCUUCCAGCGCCUCCUGGGGGCCCUGGCCGGGGGCGACCUGCGCCUGGUCCAGGUGGCCAACGACCUGGAGAACCUGCGCAGCCUCCUGGUCGUGCUGGGAGCCCUGCUGGGUUGUCCCCUCCCCCGCGACCCACCCCCGCCGCCCCCCGCACCGCUGGCCGAGGCUCCGCACACGGUGGCUGUGGUGGCCCUGUCGCGGCUCCGGGGCUGCCUGGAGGGCGUGGCCGCCCGCCUCGAGGGGGUCCCGGCGUGUUAG